AUGACAAUACCACGUCUUGAACUUUUAGCUUGUGUUUUAGGAGUACGUCUAGCGAAGUAUGUUGUAGAGGCAUUAUCCUUAGACGAAAUUGAAAAACAUUACUGGUCUGAUUCCACCACAGCUCUGUCAUGGAUCAAGCGCAAUGAUCAAUGGGGAACUUUUAUUGCACUCGCGUUGAGAAGAUUCAUCGCUCGACGAGGCCGUCCGACAAUUAUCUAUAGUGACAACGGCACGAACUUUAUCGGUGUCUCUAGUGCAUUGAACCAAAUUGAGUGGCAAAAGAUAGCUGCUCUUGAAACUCUAAAUCCAAUUAACUGGAAAUUCAUUCCCCCAACCGCAGCAUGGUGGGGCGGUUGGUGGGAGAGACUAAUUCGCAUAGUGAAAAAUAUACUUGUUCGAGUUCUUGGUAAGUCGUCGGUUACGUAUGAGGAACUCCUCACAGUUCUUUGCGACGCAGAAGCCACCGUUAACAACCGCCCGUUAACAUACAUCUCCAACGAUGCAGAUGAGUUGAGGCCUCUAACACCAUCCAACUUUCUCCAAGAUGUAAAAGAGUUUGGAACGGCUGACCUUGAUCAUUUGGAUAGGAACAAACUGGUAAAGAGAGAACGUUAUUGCCAAGAACUGCAUGAACAAUUCAGACGACGAUUCCGGAAAGAAUACUUAGGUCAGUUGGUGCAAAACGCUGGCACAUCUGACAAAAUUUUUAAAGUUGGAGAAGUGGUCCUUGUUGGUUCUGAAAACCAGAAGAGACUUAAUUGGUCCACUUUGCAGUAA